AUGUCGAGGUGGCACGAGCGCGGGUGCACCCAGCCUGAUGUCGUGGUCGCCAGCGGCCUUCCAUGCUGUCGAUUUUGCUACGGAGUAGCAUCGCUUGAUGACGUCCAGUUCGAUACUUCUCUCAGAAUAAGACAAGCUCCCGUCCUCGAGGACAACUCUACAUACAACCUUCGAUGGCCUGCAUGCGUCGAUUAUGUCGACGCUCGACCAGAAGUCCCCCCCGAUGCGUCUACUAGCUCAAGCUCCGGCUCUACUUUUCCAUUUGGAGGAACGCAAAGCUCUCAACGAACGAAUCAUCUACUCAACAGGCCAGGCGCACCUUCGAAAAACGUGGAAUUGGAUUCCAAACGGGCAAGAUACGAAGCCCUAUCAUAUACCUGGGCCGACUCUUCCGGAGACUCUACAAGAUGCAGACCAAUGUUCAUUGGCUCGUACUGGGACAUUAUCCCUAUUACUCGGAACUGUGAAAAUGCCCUUCGUAGCAUUCGACUUGUUGGGGAAAGCUUUCGUUCUAUUUGGGUCGAUUCUCUUUGCAUCAACCAGGAUGACACCGAGGAAAGGAAUGCACAAGUCGCUCUUAUGCCACAGAUAUACGCUGCCGCCAUCGGGGUCUUGGCAUACCUUGGCCCAGCAGCUGAUGACAGCGAAAGAGCCCUCAGCGCUAUUUUCAACUCAAUGUCUCAUCGCAACUGUGGUCAUAAUGGAAAGCAAAGUCAAGUCUGCGCAGAUUGCUGGAUGCCUAUUAAAAAGCUUCUCAGCCGACCGUACUUUCGGAGGCUUACUGUAGAGGAAGUCAGCAUUGGUAUUGCGGCCUAUUUGACACAGAAAUGCGGUCUUGGCAUGGCUGUCCUUCUCUUUGCAGGGUUCAUAAAUUCCGGAAAAUUCGAGGCAAAUGAGUAUUCGUUGUCCAAUAACGUCAAUUUCGAUAUGGGAUCUCUCUCAUUGCGACCGCUCUCUCCCUGCGAUAUUCGCAUCAUUUCGCGAAGUGGAUAUCUAGAGGUCACAGCAAUCAGGGUAUGCAAUCUUCGCGGAUUUUUUACUGAUGACGGUCGAUAUCGGCAGUCAUUUGUUCGGCUAUUCGAGAAUCUUGACACUGGUAAAGUGGCGAAAAACAUGAGCUUCGAGCUGUUCAGCUUAGUCGACCAAAAACGACUGGAAGAGCGAAAAGAAUGUCAUAUCGAAACUUUCCGACUGAUUGUUGGAGGGCACCAUGUGCAGCGAAUGUCGGAGUUGUCAGCAGAGCCUCUCUUGUUGAAGCUUGCUGCGUACGUUUCCCGCCACAAGAGCGAUUCAAAGGCGAGUCUUUGGAAGAUAUGGAAGCAACUCGAAGUCAAGCUCAAGCCUUACCUUGAAGACGAACGGGGGAUCCAGCUACUACUUUGUGGCAUAACUGGGGCAGAACCCAUCACCUUGGGAAGUUCGCAAGACGGUAGGCCUUUACAGGCCUUUUUAUACAAAGGUUGUAUGCUAAGGUCCUCGGAGUCCCUCCUAACCCUCCUAUGGUCGCUACUACCCAAGAGAAGGCAAUGCGUCAACAAAGCUGCCGAUGCGGAAAAGGUUCCGCUUUCGGACGAAGAAAUAUUGAAGGGGUUUCAGGAAUGGGCCGAUAUAUCAAGCGACCUCUUAUUUGCCAUGUCCCAUUCAAUUGAACAUGAGGAUGAGUCCUUUUUUGGAAUUCGGUCAUCCGUGGAGAUGCAAAAAUGCUGGUUGAAAGCAUUCAAUAGGUUCGAACACAAGAUAAUGCCUCAACGGACUAAUGUCAUGGGAGUCAUGGAGGCUAUUGCUUACGUCUUAAGAUUAUUUCCGCCCAUGGAGCCGAACCAGGAAUAUACAGGCCCUUCUAGUUACAUCGACAAAAUUCUAGACUCUCAAACAAAGGAGAUCGCGUGGUCACACUUUACGAGGGACUGUCUGUGGGACUGGGAAGUGGUAGGAAGCAAUUUUGAGAAAAGGUGGAAGAUUUUGCAGCACUUGGGCCAGCACCAGUGGUUAGCUUCAUGGCGAGAUGAGCCAACUGAUAAGCUCGAUGGACUGGAGCGACAAAUGUCGAUUCGCUAUCGACUGAAUUCUUUUGGAUUCAACCUGACUUUGCCUUCGAAGAUUACGAUCCAGUAA